CGGCGCGAGGGCAGUACCGCCCACGUGACGCGGGCGCGGGCCCGGAGCGGGCCCGGAGCGGCGGCGGCUCCGUCCCGUCCCGUCCCGUCCCGCCGGCGCAAGCGCUCGCAGCGCGGCCCUUUGUCGCUUGCCGGGAAAGCUCCAAAAGCAAAGCACUUGUUCCGCUGUCAGUGUCCUCGGUGAUCCGUGGUGAAACCCAGCGGCGCGGCCCGCCAGACCUUUCCUGCUGCAAUGGGAACGAUGCCGUGAGGGCUGGCAGGGCUGGGCCAUAGCCAUGACAGAGCCCCACCGGGUGUCGUUCACCACUCUGCACGGGCCCCUGAGCAGCAGCUUCCUCAAGAGGUCUCGCAAGGACGAGGCGGAGCAGCCCCCGGAGGCGGAGCCGGCGGCCACGGCCGUGCGCAUCACCCUGACCCUCUUCGAGCCCGACCACAAACGCUGUCCUGAGUUCUUCUACCCAGAUCUCCUCAAGAGCUGUCGGGGGAAAGUAAAAGGAGGUUCUUCAGGUGACAAGAAGAAAGACCCAGCUGAUCCCUUCAAUGAUGAGGAAAAGGAAAGGCAUAAAGUGGAAGCUCUUGCUAGGAAGUUCGAAGAAAAAUAUGGUGCCAAGAGGCGCAGGAAGGACCGGAUUCAGGAUUUGAUUGAUAUGGGGUAUGGCUAUGAUGAGUCCGACUCCUUCAUCGACAACUCGGAAGCUUACGAUGAGCUGGUUCCUGCCUCUCUCACUACCAAGUACGGAGGGUUUUACAUCAACUCGGGAACGCUGCAGUUCCGGCAGGCCUCUGAGUCUGAGGAUGACUAUGUCAAAGAGAAGAAGAAGAAGUGUCCCAAGAAGCGGAAGUUGAAAGAUGGGAGUGAAAAAAUAAAGAAGAAGAAGAAGGAUGAUUCUUAUGACAAGGAAAAGAAGUCGAAGAAGUCCAAGUUUCCAAAAGCUGGCUUCACAGCAUUAAAUGCAAGUAAGGAGAAGAAGAAGAAGAAAUACUCUGGAGCUCUCAGUGUCAAGGAGAUGCUGAAGAAGUUCCAGAAGGAGAAGGAUGCUCAGAAGAAAAAAGAUGAGGAGCAGAAAGUGGUGACUCCUUCCCCAGCGGACCCUGCAGCCCCAAGGGAGGCAGAGGCCAUGGCUGACCCUCUGCUGUCCCUCUUUGGCCACGCCAGUGACAGUGACCUGCUCCAGGCAGCCACAGCCAUGGACUCCCUGAGCGAGCUGGACCUGGAGCGGCUCCUCAGCGAGUCCCCGGAUGGCAGCCCCUUCCCUGAGGUGGAGGAUGGCAGCGACCCUGGCUUGGAGCAGGAGUUCAAGCAGCCACCAUCCCUCCCAGAAGGGCUGCCAGCCCCCCUGGAGAAAAGGAUCAAGGAACUGGCUCAGGCUGCCAGAGCUGCUGAGGGAGAAGGCAAGCAGAGAUUCUUCACUCAGGACAUCAACAACAUCAUACUGGACAUCGAGCUGCAGACGCGGGAGCUCAGCAGCCAGGUCCGCUCGGGGGUCUACGCCCACCUGGCCGCCUUCUUCCCCUGCAGCAAGGACACGCUGCUGAAGCGGGCCCGCAGGCUCUACCUCUACGAGCAGGGUGGCCGGCUGAAGGAGCCUCUGCAGAAGCUGAGGGAAGCCAUUGGAAGGGCCAUGCCAGAGCAGGUGGCCAAGUACCAGGAGGAAUGCCAAGCCCAUACUCAGGCCAGGUUUGCCAAGAUGCUGGAAGAGGAAAAAGACAAAGAACAGCGAGUUUGUUCUGAUGAUGAUGAGGAUGAAGAAAAGGGAGGGAAGCGUGUCGCGGGCCCACGGAAGAAAUUCCAGUGGAAUGAUGAAAUCAGGGAGCUGCUUUGCCACUUGGUGAAGAUUAAAUUGGAUGGUUAUGACCUUGACAAGAAUAAGGCUCAGUCUCUAGAGGAUUAUGUGAAGACCUUCCUAGAAGGAGAGGUGAAGCCCCUUUGGCCAAAAGGCUGGAUGCAGGCCAGGACACUGUUUAAGGAGAGCAGGCGUGUACAUGGACACCUCACAUCAGUCCUGGCAAAGAAGAAAGUGAUAGCUCCUACCAAGGUGAAAGUGAAGGACUCUUCCUGCAAGCCAGAGAGGAAGCUGUCGGUGUCUGUCCUUUCCCUGCACUCGAGCAGCACCUUGGCCAUGUCCUCAGAGCCCCAGGGAGGAGCCUUGGGCAUCAGUGCCCAGACCAGGGAACUCUUGUCCCUGGGGACAGCCCAAGCUGCCAGCAGCACUGCCACUCCUGCCACCUUCAAGGAUGACUCCUUGGAUGAGGACUUGAUUCACAACCCCACCUCCUCCCUGGAAGCAGUGUCCAAGGAACUGGCUGUGCUGAACAGCAGGGCAGCAGGGAGCCCUGACUUUACUCUUCCUGCAGCUCCAAAAGCUCCAGCAGAGAAGAUCCCAACUCUUGCAUCCUCAGAGGAGAAGAGGACAUUUCCAAAGCCCAACCCUUCCCCUACAUCAUCCUCUGGUUCCCUCCAGUCUCCUCUAAACUUCCUAGCUGAGCAGGCCCUGGCGUUGGGCCAGUCUUCUCAAGACAAGAAGACAGAGAACUCUAAUUACAAAGAGCAUUCCUGCCAAGCCUCCCCCAGCAAAAUCCUUCCUGACGCCCACCAGGCUAAACAGAAGCACCACAGCCUGGUCAGGCCAGGCCACGGGCCCCCAGCCUCGGCGCCGGUGCCGGGCUCUCAGGUGAAGGUGUUCCACCCUGGGGCUCAGCUCCAGAAAACCUUCACCUCCCCAGCUCCCUUUGUCAAACUGCAGAAUCCCAAGUCCUCCACCCCUCUGCCCCAGCGCUCCCUCCUCCAGCAGGUCAAGUCAUCAACCAAAGCUCAGAGCUUCCAUUCCUCCACGUCCCCAAGCAGCGCCCAAAACUCCAGCAGCUCCCACAAGAGCCAAGGCUUGUCCUCAUCAUCUCUCAGCUACGCCGGGAAGCACUCGGGUGGCUCCGGCUCUUCAGGACAAUCUUACAAAUCGCCUUUCGUCGCUGGGUCCCUCUCCAAGCAUGGGGCUUCUUCCAGCAGCUCCUCUGGAGCUCCUGCCAGCCAGGGCAGCUCCUCUGGGGCUCUGCUCCCCAGCGUUCCGGCCCCUUCCCCGGGUUCGGCCUCCGGCCGCCCGGCCUCGGGCUCCUCGGUGAAGAAACCUCCCGUUCCCCAGAAGCUGACCCUGGUGGCACCUCCCGGGGGCUCCAACGGAGAUUCCAGCGGAGGCACCCAGGGGGUGGCCAAGUUGCUGACCUCGUCCCUAAAGCCAGCUGUGGUCAGCAGCACCGCAGCCUCUACCUCUGUGCCGAAAGGAACUAGUGGAGCUGUGCUGCUAACAACCUCUUCCUCCUUAAGUGUACUGGCUCCAUCCUACAAGUCCAACAACCCAAAGCUGCCAGCUGCCCUGAGCUCCACCCCGUUAGGUAUUAUCUCUCCUAUUCAUUCUUUCCCUCUCCAUGUCAUCUCCUUCAGUUCCGACUCCUCCCCAAAAGCAGGAGUUUCCAAGGAUGCAAUAGUUACGGGACCUGCUCCGGGAACUUUCCACCACGGCCUCGGGCACAGUCUUCUGGCUGGUUUGCACUCCAGCCCCCACCACGCAGCGCCACUCCCACACUCUGCCCUGUCCACUCAUUUACCACAGAGUUUGCCAGAUGCUUCUCAGCUUCACGGCAAAGGGUCCAAUGCUCAGCAGCGCAAGUUGUGACGCCUGCAAGGAGGGGAGCUCCAGCACCCAUAGGAUAAAACCCAGAGGAACAGGUCAUGGACUUUGGAUACCAGCUGUGUCUUUUGAUUUCUUUUUUUUUUUUCCUAUUUCUUAUUUUUUUAUGACAACUGGAGAGACUGAACUGCAACAAGGAACUCAUUGGGGUGUCUGCUCAGAGGCUUUCAGAGCUGAGCCUCACACAUGGGGCCACCUGGAGCCAUGCCCUGAUGAGAGGAGCCUUUUGUAGCACUGUUUAUUGCUGCUGCCCUUCCUGCAUUCCCUGGCACUGGCAGGAGCUGGAACUCACAGGGAGGCUCGGGUGGUCCUGCAGUGGAUUCCCACCCACCUGUGUCUGUAGCUGCCAAGUACCUCCAAGUCCAGUUACCUCCUUGGUCUCCCCGUGGAGGGUAUGAAAGGUGCUUCUUUCUUCUGCUUUGGAUUUACUUGGAUAAUUCUAGCAUUGCCAGUGCUUUCUCAAAGACAUUUGAGUAACUUUCCAAUUGUACUAUAAAACUGUGCUACACUUAAUUGGAGGAUUUAGCAUUUCCUGUGUGGUGAAUCUGAGGAACCACCUGAUGUUCCCCUCUGGAGGAGAAGGAAGACUCUAGAGACUAAAGACAUUUUUAGAUGCAGUCAUUGACUUUUAGAAUUCUACUUCUUUUGAGUUUUUGGAUUUUUUUCCCUCCAAAGGGAUGCUUUUUUCCUGCUCAGUUUUAUCCUCAUUGCCAUCGAAUGCAUUGGAUUGAAUGGGAUACUUCUUAGCAUGUCACAUGGAUCGGAAGACAUAAUUCCAGUGCCUUUUAUGGUGGAGCAAGAAUGGACUAGUGACACACAUUUCAGCCCUAUUUUGUGUGCUCCUCAACCCUUUUUUAAUCAUUCUGUAUUUAAAAUGUAUUCUGGUUUAUUUAAUAGAGCUUUUUAUGGUUGCACAUCAGAAAAAACAAAACAAAACAAAACAAAAAAAAAAAACCAACAAAGCUGCACUGUCUGGACUUCAGUGGUGACCUGGUGACUGAGCACAGCCCCAAAUCCAGCAGGAGCACCAGUUCUCAUCCCAGUAUGUGCAGGCGGGUUCCAGGCCCUCCCCUAAAGCCAUUCUUUCCUAGGGUUGUGAGUUAGGAUCAAUCUGGUGGGCAGAGGGAAUGAGCGAGAUGAACCAAGGUCACGACCUGUCAAAUGAAUUCCAGAGAAAAACACUGCUCUCCUCAAUCCUACACCAGGAUCAUGUGCUCAGCACAGCCGCAGGUACAGGAACCAUCUGCAGUCAGGGGGUGUCUUUUCUUAUUCAUUUUUUUAACUUUAGAGCUAAAUACUCCCCCUGUGCACCCCCUUUCAGGCUAAGGCAGGCUGAGGCUCCACCUGAGCUUUCUGAGGUUUGGUUUCCUGCUCUGCCCUGUCUGUCUUCUCUCAGGCCCCCACAGCCACAUCCCAGUUGUGUAGGGGUAGUGCUGAUCCAUGUAGAAUUUACUGGUAUUCCAAGGAAAAGCUUGUAGCUUCCUCCUUGAGCUUUGGGGAAGCAUGCUGACCCCAGGAUAUCAGCAAAUGUCUGCUUUAGUUUCCUCUGGUUUUUAUUAGGAUCGGAGAAAGAACUUGUUUUCAAUUUGAGCUGAUACAUAACUGCCCAGGAUCAGUGAGUUGAUUGUAUUUCAAAUUAAUGGAACAGCUCAGAUUUCAAGUCUGUUGACAGAAAAUACCUAGGCUGUAGCAGAAGAGCCAAAGACAGAACUCGUGUGGGUAAAAGGAAGCACAGAUUUCUUGGUGGACUCUGAGCAGUGGAUGUCGCGUGGUUCCUGUUGAAGGUCUCAUCCUGAGGGGUGCUUGGCACCUUCACCUUCCCCUGGGAGCCAAAAGCUUGGGACACCUGGCAGGACAGGGGCUCUCAGUGAGUGACUCGAGGUACUGGUUCUCUUCCCUCUCUUUGCUUUCACUUGAAUGCUUCUGCUGGGAAGCCCCCGGUGCGCGGCCGGAGCAGAAUGCCCUCCUCCUAGGAAUUCAGCGAAGCCUCUUGCCUCAGGGAAAUGUUUAUGUGGUGGAAAUUCUGUGGGAUAUUUUUUCUUUACAUGCUAUAAUGAAUGAGUGAGUGGUGUGGAGCAGAGUGGCAGCAAGGCAGGCCCAUGCAGAGCAGCUGAUGGGAAGCCAGGCUGGCACUUCUGCCUUGGUGAGGCAACUUGCAGCGCUUCCAGGAUGGAAUGGGGAGGGAUAGGCUCCCUUGGCACUUACCUGGGGAUAGCAGUUCCUUUUGGGUGUAAGAGCUGCAGUUUACUAUUCUAUUUUUUUUAUGUGUGUUGGCACUGUCUUGCUUAAGAUGGUGGGGGUGGUAUGAAAAAUGUUAAUCUUGUACAGAACAACUCAAUAAAUUGUUUCAAACUUUCCAAAACA